CUCAAUUUUUUAAUGUUAAACCACCACCGCAAUGCCCUCCGACACCUACACGCGCCGCCGCUACUCUCAAUCCCCUCCCAUUCUCUCUCCACCACCGCAACCCCAACCCCACCCCCACCUCACUCCAAUCUCCUCACACUCACCUCCGCCGCCCAAACCCUCCACCAAACCAAGCAGCUCCACGCCCUCUCUCUCCUCACCGGCCUCCUCCCCGGCAGCGUCUCCCUCUGCGCCUCCAUCAUCCUCCGCUACGCCGCCUUCCACUCCCCCGCCGCCUGCCGCCGCCUCUUCGACCUCUCCGUCGGUUACUCCCGCACCGCUUUCCUCUGGAACACUCUAAUACGAGCCCUCUCUAUUGCUCAGCUCGACGAUCGCUUCCAGACUUACAAUCAGAUGGUCCGGCGCGGCGUCCGGCUCGACGAUCACAGCUUUCCUUUCGUGAUCAAGGCCUGUUCGGACUCGGCGGAGGUUAAGAAGGGGCUGGAGGUUCAUUGCACUGUAAUUAAGCUAGGGUUUGACUCUGAUGUUUACGUGGGGAAUACGCUUCUUUCGUUUUACGGCAGCUGUUGUAAGCUGAGGGAUGCACGGAAGGUGUUCGACAAAAUGCCAGAAAAAGAUGUUGUGUCGUGGAACACGGUUAUCGGGGUGUUUUCGGUAAAUGGGGGUUAUAUUGACGCGCUGCAUUGUUAUAGGGAGAUGAUUUUGGGGAUUUGGUGUAUGCCGAAUGUUGUUAGUGUUAUUAGUGUACUGCCGGUUUGCGCUGAGCUUGCCAAUGAGGUGGUGGCGGCUCAGGUGCAUUGCUAUGUUGUGAAGUCUGGUUUGGGUACGCAAGUGACGGUUGGAAAUGCAUUGGUGGAUGUGUAUGGGAAGUGUUGGAAUGUGAGGGCUUCGAAACAGGUUUUUGAUGAGAUGAGUCAGCGGAAUGAGGUUUCAUGGAAUUCGGCUAUUACUAGUCUUUCAUAUGUAGGGGAUAGUGUAGGAGCAUUGGAUAUGUUUAGGUCGAUGAUUAAUGUAGGAGUUAGACCAAACUCUGUUACCAUUUCGAGCAUGUUACCAGUUUUGGUGGAACUUGAAUUAUUCGGGGUUGGUAAAGAACUGCAUGGUUUCAGUGUAAAAAUGGGUAUUGAAUCAGAUGUUUUCAUUGGCAACUCGUUAAUUGAUAUGUAUGCCAAAUCAGGCCAUCAGGUUGAGGCAUCGAAUGUGUUCUGGGAGAUGGAUGAAAGGAAUAUUGUUUCUUGGAAUGCCAUGAUUGCUAAUUUCGCACAAAACAGGCUGGAGUUGGAAGCAAUUGGACUUGUGAGACAAAUGCAAGCUCAUGGUGAAAUUCCCAAUUCUGUCACCAUCACAAAUCUUCUUCCUGCUUGUGCACGGUUGGGUUCACUUUGCAUUGGGAAAGAAAUUCAUGCAAGGACAAUUCGCACGGGAUCUGCCUCUGAUUUGUUUGUCUCUAAUGCUCUCACAGACAUGUAUGCAAAAUGUGGCCGGCUAAUUUUUGCUCGAAAUGUCUUUAACAUAUCCCUAAGAGACGAGGUGUCCUACAACACACUAAUAAUAGGUUAUUCUCAGACCACAGAUUGCUCUGAAUCUCUAAGUUUGUUUUCGGAUAUGAAGCUGGUGGGCAUGAUGCAUGACAUUGUUUCAUUCGUGGGAGUUAUAUCAGCUUGCGCAAAUUUAACUGCAAUCAAGCAAGGCAAAGAGAUUCAUGGAUCUGUAAUACGAAAGCAUUUUGAUUCUCAUCUCUUUGUAGCAAACUCACUUUUGGAUUUCUAUACCAAAUCUGGCCGAAUUGAUCUUGCUACUAAAGUCUUUGACCGCAUUUCCAACAAGGAUGUAGCCUCUUGGAAUACAAUGAUUUUGGGACACGGAAUGCUAGGUGAGUUUGACACUGCGAUCAGUUUCUUUGAAGCAAUGAGUGAAGAUGGUGUAGAAUAUGAUUCAGUUUCGUAUGUUGCAGUUUUGUCAUCUUGUAGUCAUGGAGGUCUAGUUGAGAAGGGCAAAAGAUACUUUGAGGGGAUGCUAGCACGAAAUAUUGUGCCUGAACAAAAGCACUAUGCUUGCAUGGUUGAUCUCCUCGGCCGGGCUGGCCUCAUGGAUGAAACAGUAGAACUUAUUAAAGGCAUGCCAAUUGUACCUGAUGCUAACAUUUGGGGUUCUUUACUUGGGGCAUGUCGAAUCCAUGGGAACAUAGAGUUGGCGAAUUGGGCGGCAGAUCAUCUUUUUAAGUUAAAACCUGACCAUUGUGGGUACUAUAUACUGCUUUCUAACAUGCUUGCUGAAGCAGGUAGAUGGGAAGAUGUAAAGAGGGUAAGGGAAUUGAUGAAAUCAAGGGGAUUGAAGAAAAAUCGUGCUUAUAGUUGGCUUGAGGUUAGAGACGAGGUACAUGCUUUUGGAGUUUGAGAGAGACUGGAGCAACUGAGUUCAAAUUGCUGGCUGGCAGAAUCCUAAUACAUUUGAUACUGAAAUUAAUAACUGAGGGACUGUUUAAAUUUUGAAAAGAUCAAUUUGUUUAAAGAAAAGGAGUUGAAUUCUGCGAAUGGCUAUCAGUGAAGUCAAACAGAUCGUCAAUUGAUCCCUUAAGCAGGUUUCAAGUUUUCGUCAUCUCCAAGGUGGCUUAUGCAAUAGGACCUUUGAGGGCUCCUAUUCUACCCUCAAUAGCCCAAUGGAAUUGCAUUCAACCUUCUUAAGACAAUGCAGUGGAGGCCAAUUCCUCAACCAACUAGAUUGUGGCAAUUGUUGCAUUCUCAUGUAAGUGAAGAGUGAGAGUCAGACAAUUUUCCCUCAUAUUUUCCAGUGGCGCCAACACUUGGCGCCAAAUUGAAGAAUUCUCCCCCCUGUCGUUUUCUCGCAACAACCAAUAUAAAUAGUGGGAUAUAGAGACAGAGAAUCCAUCCUUUUAUUGAGAAACAAAUGAGAAUUACAAAAAUUUUGGGAUCUGCAGCAGCUAGUCGUGCGCUCUCUUCUGAACUAAAGGUGCCAAGAGGACCAAACCACUCUUCUUCCUCAGGAUGAUGAAUAAAAAAAGUGAAGGAGGUUCCCACAAGGUAAAAC